AUGUUUGCUGGGGGUUGGGGGGCUUUUGUGGCAUCUCUGAACUGGAUGUUUUCUCUGGGGUACAACUUUGCUCUUCUGUACUGCAAUGGUUUUUUCACUCAUGCGUGCCCAAGCGAGUGCCUCAUUGUUGUGAGUGAAAUAUGGUCCUUUGUGGAUCUUGUGGUGGUGUUUGUAUUACCAUGCUCCAUCAUGAUAGUACUGUACCUCAAAGUUUUUGCCAUUGCCAAGAGACAUGCCAAUGCCAUCAGGGCGGCUAAUGGUCAUGGCAAUCCAGAUGGCAAUAAGACCGAUCAUGUACCCAAACGAUCUGAGAGAAAAGCUGCAAAAGUGCUUGGUAUACUGGUGUCUGUCUUUUUGUUAUGCUUGGUGCCCUAUUAUGUAUGCAGCUUUAUGGCUGAGAGUAUCCAAAGUCAAAUUUUUAAUGAUGUCUUAAAUUACAUGUCAGCACUACUUUACUUGAAUUCUUUAUUCAAUCCAAUCAUUUAUGCUUUGUUCUACCCAUGGUUUCAAAAGAGCAUGAAAAUAAUUUUAAGGUGUCGUAUAUGUAGCUCCGAGUCUUCUCUCAUGCAGGUAUGUUAGCCUUCAAUCAACACAGACAAAGAUGUCACCGCCAAGACACUUCUUUUUCAGUUUUUCAGUUGUGGUUUGUGCAUGGUUAUGGUUAUUAUUGUGUUAAAUUAUAU